AUGAACAACCUGAACACAGACGCAGACCACAUCGCCGACGGUCCCACGCAUGAGCGUGGCACCGCGGAGAUCCUCUCCGGUGCGGCCCCAAUCGAGAGCGAGGAGCUCGGCGUCACUUUCGACAGACUCCACGACGAUAUCGAAAAGGUCUCCCUAGAAAGCCCCGAUGGCAGAGAACCGACAGCAGAGGAGAAGAUUACCCUCCGCAAGGUCCCCGGUUCUAUUCCUGCCAUCUCUUGGGUGCUCUGUGUAGCAGAACUUGCUGAGCGUGCGAGUUACUAUGGCGCCACCCAGGUAUUCAACGAUUUUAUGCAGUUUCCUCUCCCCGAGGGCGGCAAUGGUAGCGGAGCUGUCCCAAAGAGCGAUCCCAACGGCCACGCUGGUGCAUUGAACCAAGGUCUUCAGUUUGCCUCGGCCUUUAGCACCUUGUUCACCUUCUUGGCCUAUGUCUUUCCCAUCCUCGGUGCCUAUAUCGCAGACACGCGCCUCGGAAGAUUCAAGACAAUUCUCGUCGGUGUCAUCAUUGGUGCUGUUGCCCACGUCAUCAUGAUUGGUGGUGCUGCUCCAUCCCUUCUCAAAGCCGGCAAGGGUCUCGCUCCAUUCAUCGUCUCGUUCUUCACUCUGGCCAUCGGUGCUGGUAUCUUCAAGCCCAAUGUGGCACCGACUGUCAUCGAUCAGUACACCAACCAGCGGCAAGUGAUCAAGGUGCUCAAGACGGGAGAAAAGGUCAUCAUCGAUCCUGAGCGCACGAUUCAACGGGUGAUGCUCAUCUUCUAUGCCAUGGUCAACGUCGGCGCCUUCUUUGCCAUUGCAACCACGUACACUGAGAAAUAUGUCGGCUUCUGGUUAUCCUUCCUCUUGCCAGGCAUCGUGUACUUCUUGCUCCCCUUCCUUCUGUUGGCCGUGUACAAGAGACUCGUCGUCAAGAAGCCAAAUGGAUCUGAGCUGGCCAACUUCUUCAAGAUUGUUUGGACUGGUCUCAAGUACAACAAAUUCCAGGUUUGGAAGAAGGACUUUUGGACUGUUGUUUCACCCACCAAGUUGGCAGAGCGCGGCAUCCAGGUAACAUGGACUGACCGGUCUGUGCUGGAUGUGCAGCGCACGUUUGAGGCCUGUGUCAUCUUCCUAUACUUUCCCAUCUACAACAUCAACGAUGGAGGUGUUGGUGCUGUGCAGUCGAACCAGGGUGCGUCCAUGACGAACAAUGGAGCGCCGACUGAUCUUCUCGGCAACUUCAACCCUCUCGUCAUCAUCGCGCUUGCGCCGGUUCUUUCGUACGGUCUGUAUCCGCUCUUGGCCAAAUAUGGCAUCAAGUUCGGCCCGAUCCGCCGUAUGACAUUCGGCUUCCUGCUUGCAGCAAUCUCCGGUGCCAUUGGUGCCAUUGUUCAGUGGAGAGUGUAUGAGACGAGCCCCUGUGGCUACCAGGCCAGCACUUGUGACGACGUGUCGCCCAUCAACAUCUGGUGGCAGAUCCCCAACGUUGCCCUGGGUGCUAUUUCCGAGCUCUUUUGCAACGUGACUGCGUACGAGAUGGCAUAUGCGCGGUCUCCGCCUCAUCUCAAGUCUGUCGUCAUGUCUCUCUUCUUGUUCACUACCGCUUUGUCGAGUGCCCUUGGCGAGAUCCUAAUCCCCGCCAUUAUCGACCCGCAUUUGAUUUGGGUUUGGGCCGGCCCGGCAAUUGCACUCCUUGUCCAGACUAUUGUCUUCUGGUUUAGACACCAUACGCUUGACGAUGACAUUUAUAUGUUGGAACAAGAGACGCCUACCCAGUCCCAGGCCCAGCUCACACAAACGGAGCCAGAAACAGUGGCUAGAGAUGUUGAGAAGGCAUAA